CUACGGUCGACGACGAGGCGGCCCUCGAGGGGCCGCCGAGCUCCCCCGGAGGUGAAAUUCUUCGAUCGCUGCAGAGCACGUCCUUGGACGCCGGAAACACAACGGCCGAUGGCACGGUCACCGGGUGCACGCAGUCCUGCUGUGCGAACGUGCGGAAAGCAGUGGAGGUGCUUGCUUCGGAGUUUUCAGACCUUGGCGUGGAUGCAGUACUGGUUUUGCUAUACGAUUGUCGGAACACGAUCACAUUUGACAUGGACAUUUUUCGUUUUGAUUGAACAUGCACCUAAUUAUCACAAUGAAUGUGGAUCAUGUCCUAGUAGAUCUAGAACUAGCUCUGGGUUUGUGCUGUUGAUUUCCGUUUCCCAUAUCGUCUCACAUUUCAGCAACACACUAUAUAUCGCAGGAAGCUCAGAAGGAAUGGGCGCGGUUGGCCGAAGACCAGUGCCCGUUGCUGAAUUGCGACUGCGAGGAAAUGAGCGCGUACGUGGAGACGCGGUGCAACUUCCACGUAGGCGCGGAGGUGAUGUCCGUGGACGAAGCAAGAAAGUACUGC